CGCAAGACGGUGCGUGGGAAAAGCUAGCAAAGUAAUCCAAUUGUGCUCGGUAGGGCGCCCAAGAGUUCUUCAUUGACUGAGUACGUACGUGUGUAUGCUUGUGUUGAGCAGACGUAAGACGCACAAAACCGCGACGACCAAUAAAACCUGCAAAAAGUACACGGAGUUUUCAAUUAGGCCUACCGUGCGGGGCCGUUGGACGGCGUUUACAGCAAACUCAUGUGGAAAUCUGUUACUAUGAGAUAGAAAUAUGAAGUCCAUUGCACCACUUGUGUUGACAUGGAUGUUUCUCGUCGCUGUGGUAUUUGCUCAAGAUCCAGGAUGUUGCCACAGAGUACGGACCCACCCAGCUUGUCAAGAGUCAUGUGAUCAGAUGGCCUUAGAAGCAUCGGCAGCAGGGAGGAGACAACAUUUAUCCAACUUGCGUAACAACUGCCCGAUGACACUGACAACCUUUUGGCAGUGUGUCAACACGUCUGCACCAGAUAUUUGGCAAGAGGACACAGGCUGGCCAGGGCGGCAGUGUUGCAUCAACGCUCGAGCUGGUCAGUGCCAUGCUGCCUGUAUGCAAGCAAGUUCCUUCUCGGAAACAUCUUCAGCCUGCCUGAGACACGAAGAGCCUUCAUUGUUCCAGUGCCUGGACAGAUUUGAAAAGAAGGAAGAUUGCUGCAGACAUGCCCCAGUAGCUUCUCAGUGUCGUCAGAAAUGCGAGGCCAUAUUUGAUGCAAGCACACCUACUGAGGAGAUGUCACUGGACGUCUCCAUAAAUUGCCGGUCAAACGGUCAAACAGUCAUCCAGUGUGUGGAGAACUAUACUUUGGUGGCCAUUCCAGCCAGAGAUCCUCGGGACAGUCUCCAUUGCUGUGAGCGGUCUCAUAGUUCUGCUUGUAAGGAGAUAUGUCGGCGUGCCCACAUCAACCUAACUUCAGAGCGUGACAUCGUGGAUUCGUUGCUAGAAGCGUGUGGGCCCAUCCAGCCACACGAAGGCAUUUGGAAUUGCUUUUUCCUCAAUUCAGGGUCCCAAAUUGCGCAAGACAGCCCCCUACCUAAUCCCAGUGCCAUGGAUGGAGCCAAGCUUCAAUGCUGCCAGAGGGCUGUCAGUGCAAAGUGUAGAGAGAUAUGUGUCAAGCUGUACAGUACAUCCUGGUCAACCAAGCAGAGCUGGAACAACUUUGACGAGCACUGCCAGUAUCAACCCAUGGAGGUCUCUCUACUCACAUGUCUUGCAGAUGUUCAAGAGCCGUGCCAGCCAGGAUGCAGUGGGCUGACGUACUGUACCAACUUCAACAACAGACCCACGGACCUGUUCCGUAGUUGCUCAGCCCGCUCAGACGGUGGCGCAGCCAAUGACAUGCAGCUGUGGAGUGAGGGUUCCAUUCACAUGCCCUUCAUGAACAUCCCUGUCUUGGACAUUGCCGAGUGCGAGUCGGAGAUGUGGAAGGCCAUAGCGUGCACCUUGCAGGUCAAGCCUUGCCACCCAGAAUCGCAUGUCAACAUGAUAUGCAAGGCGGAUUGCAUCCACAUCUUGAGUCGAUGUAUUGAUCACUCUCGUCUCACCAAGGGUCUGACGGCACUGGGCUUAUGCAACAUCCUGUCUCCAGCUGACAGGCACGCACCUUGCAUUCCACUCACUGAAUACCUUGGAGAAAUGACACCAUUGUUUCAACCUACAGAUGCAGGUGCACGAGAGAACAAGAAUGACGAGAUGACGGUACCGUGCCAUAGCGAUCCCUGCAACAACGAGACCACGGGUUUCAGUGGAGUCUGUUCCAUCAAUCGUGGGCUGUGCGGUUACGGCCAGACGUGCACGCAGGCAAAGUGCACCCCCGGCUGCCGGCUAGGGGAUGCCUCCACGUUCCUAGUGACCCGCGGGAGUCACGUCCGACUGCCGGAAUCGGCUGACAACCUGGCCUGCUACAAGGCCUGCACUUGCAGUGUGAACGGAAUUUUGGAGCACUGCCAGCCGUUGCAGUGUGAGACCAUGGAACCCUGUACCCACAAUGGCCAAAGGAGAGAGCAUGGAAGCCACUACAAGAUCAGCUGCAAUCACUGCGUGUGCUUCAAUGGUGUCGAGACCUGUUCCAGAAGACAGUGCCCCAUUAACCUGGAUGCCCAUCCUGAUGCCAGUCAACAUUACUCCACACUGCCUUGUAAAUGCACUGACCAGUACGUGCCGGUGUGCGGGGCCAACGGACGCACAUACCCGAGUGCCUGUACCGCUAAGUGUGCAGCUGACCUAGAGGACAAUCAGUCAGAGUUUGGGACUUGUGACUCGUUUGACAACCCCUGUGCAGACAACCCAUGCCAGGCUGAUGAAAGGUGUGUGGUCAGACGGCAGGUGUGUCUCAGCAUCAACUAUGCCGACUGUCCACAGUAUGAGUGUAUUGGUGCAAGUCGUCACUGUAGCAGGGAGCCUAGGGCCACAGUGUGUGACACGGAUGGCAAGGAGCACUUUAACUUAUGUACUCUACACAGACGAGGCAAGACACUAGACUACCUGGGUCCCUGCCAGGCAAGGUGCAACGCUGUCAACCAACGCCAAGUUUGUGGUCAGAAUGGGGAGACUUAUCACAGUGAAUGUGCAGCAUGGAGUGAUAGGACCAUUAUUGAUUACUUUGGACCUUGUCGGGCUGUUGGAAAGCGAACAGAGAAUACGACAGCCCAACAGUGUUCUUCAGUCAAGUGUCCAGAUCCAUCUGUACCACACUGUAUAGGGGCGACACCUCCUGGUGCCUGCUGUCCUGUGUGUGCGGCCUACACAAGGGUGUUGUACAGCAAGGGAGAGGCAGACAGGGCAGCGGCUGCCUUCGGGAACAAGGCAGUAUCAGUUGCUGAAGUCCUAAAGGGACUGCGGACAAUUGUUGCAGUGGCCGAGUGUGAUCUGUAUGGCUAUCUCAGUGUGGAAGGUGAUAUCGUCAUCUCUGUGAUGUCUACCAUUCCUUCACCCAGUAAAACACAGAUCAUUGCCUGCAACAAAGAGGCCGAGAAACUUGGUGCUCUCAUCAACACGAGAAGCCCCAUGGUGGUGUCCUACAUGUACCUGUCACCUCUACUGGCAGCAAGUACCACCAUGGUCAGAACUCAAAUUGUACCCACGGCGGCAGCUCACACAGUAUCCAGUAGUCUUGGGGUACUUCUGGUGUGCGGCAUCAUGGUAAUAGUACUACAAAGAUUUUCUUGCGGCAACAGGUGACGCCGUGCAUAGUUCAUUAGUGUAUAGUGUACAGACCGAUAUAGAAUGUUUACGUUUUAUGAUGUAUGUAUAUUCCUUCUGUAUAUAUGUACUCCAUAGCCUGAAUAUGUUUUGGGAAGAUGACGACUGUGAAAUAAUAACGCUAUUAUAUGUUUGUCUUACAUGUACUGUGUCCAAAUGUGUCCUAAGGUCUAUAAAAAAGACACGCUACACUACGGGCAAUUCACAAUGGUGCGACUCCAUGAGUUUGCAAGGCGUUGACCGAUCACAAGGCGCGAAAUCCGUCGACCCUUUCCAAAUGGGUAUUGGGUCGAUGGAUUUCGCGCACCGAGAUUGGUCAAUGUGUUGCAAACUCUUGGAGGCGCGCUUUUGUGAUUCACCCAUAUUCAGAAUAAGAAGACUAACAGGGGCACCUUUUCAAUUCUGAAGAGUAUAUUAAUAUGAACAUGAAAAGAUUUCCGAUGUCUGUCUCCAAAAGACAUUUUAGGUGAAUGUAAUCAGAAUGGAUACCUGUUGUGUUUGUAUUUAUUCAUUUAAAAAAAAAGUAAACAUGCAUGUUGAACAAUUUAUAUAAAGACAGAAUGUUAUUUGUUACAGGCAUGCUGAAGUUUUGUUGACUUGUUUUCCAAUUAAAUUUGUUUAAUUUGGAGUGAAAGUACCCCAUAGAUAAAAAAAGAUACGACAAAAAAAAA